CACGUGGUGUAUCAGCUGGCCACCAUCGAUCUUUCAUGUUUGAACCUAGAGAAGUAUCCCGGGCAAAUACAUACUACUCUCCUAAUGCGAACAGUUUAAUACCUAUAAGCAAUUUAACGUUGGACCGAGAUUAUGCGACGUCCCACUAGCGAUGUGAGACAGAGGGAAAGCCGACGCUUAUCCUUAGACAACGCAGGAGCUCGCAGAAGAAACUCCAGUGUACCAUUUCAUAGUGCUCGUUUAGAAAGAAACCCAAAUUCGCUCGACAGUGACACUGACUUUUUGUGUGACCGAGCAGUGGAGUUUAUGGAGUCCGGGGAUAUUCACAGUAUCGUGGCUGUAGAGCUGGCAGAACAGAGCAUGUACUUUGAGCGUCUUUUACGGUAUCACAAAGGUAGGGGAUACAUACGGCUCCCGGAGUUUCUAAACUCAGGCUUUACAUCGGUCUUGGAAUUUAUUCGUAAGGGGACUACAGAGAUUACACCAGAGAAUGUAUAUCAUAUCUUCAUCGCUUCUGACUACUUGCUAGUACCAAAACUCAAGCAGGAGUGCGCCAAUCUCCUGAAGGAGAUUGCAAACGAACCAUCUACAGCGAUUACUCUCUGGCUGAGCUGUCGUUCCCUCUACUGGCCAGAGGUCGGAACAAUGGCGUUUGAGAAAAUUCUGGAAAACUUUGAAAACAUUUGGAUAUCACCUGAUUUCUUGCAGUUAGAGGCAGUCGAUGUGUGGCGGAUCUUGCAGGAAGAUGGACUGAACUGCAAGAGGGAACGAAGCGUAUUUGAUGCGAUUGCAUAUUGGAUCAAUACCUCCCAGAAAAAUCGCAUACAGUAUGCACUGGAUUUGAUGUUAUGCAUCCGAAUUGGAAUGCUGACCGCUGCUGACCUGGAAGCUUUGAAAACGAAUGAACUGGUUAAAAUGGUGCCGGACUAUACAGAACUGCUGGUUACAUGGCCAAGAUGUUUGGCGCAGAAAGAAAACCCCAUAAUUGCCGCAUGCGGAAGGCGAUUUGUGACACCCAGACUACCACACGAGGUGGUGAUGGUAUUUGGCGGUUGGUGUGAUGGUGAAGGCCCGCGAGCAGCAGCUCAGGUGUACAACCCACGAGCCAACACAUGGACUUUGUGGACUGAAGCCGGAGCUCAGGCUCAGGCUCCUGAGCUAGACUGGUUCGAAGUUGCGAAACAGCAGGCAACAACGGAAGCGCCGACAAUGCACGUCGCCUCAAACCAAUCAAGUCCGAGACAAUCUGCAGAAGAGCUGGUGUCCGCUUUGAGUACAUUUCGCAGUUCGUUGGUCCCCGACGGUCCAGAUACCAUCGUGAAGUCUGACUCAAGUUUGUUAGAGAGCGCCGGUAGCCUACUCGGUGAAAUUCCAAGACGCGUAUAUGCUGGCUGUGUGCUUAUUGGAACCAGAGUGUACUUGGUUGGAGGGUUUGACGGAACGAAUGCGUUGAAGUCCACUUUAUGCUACGAUUUCGAAAUAGAUUCUGGAUGGUACGAGAUUAGUUGUAUGUACGAAAAGCGUUAUUACGUCAGUGUGGCUUACGCCUCGAAUCACAUCUACGCUUUGGGAGGACAUAAUGGAGAGAAUCAGGGCCGUUUGGAUAGUGCCGAGCGGUAUAAACUAGAGGAAAAUUUAUGGCAAACGAUCGCCUCUAUGAAUCGGGUCAGGAGCGAUGCUGCUGCGGCUGAACUCGGAGGGCGUGUCUACGUGGCUGGGGGUUUCGAAGGAAGACGCUACCAUGACUCCGCUGAGUACUAUGAGCCGGAUACAAAUCAGUGGACGCUAGUCAGCCGGAUGCACUCUCCUCGUGGUGGUAUCUCAUUGGCUCAACAAGGAGGGUACCUGUACGCCAUUGGCGGUAACGAUGGAAACAGUCGUCUCCGUACCAUCGAGCGCUAUGACAUGGUAGAAGGGAAGUGGGAAUUGGUAGGUCAGAUGGACCGUCGGAAAAGCAACUUGUCUUCCACUGUAGUCAAUGAUGAUAUUUACAUCCUGGGUGGUUGGUCCGAUGAGCAAGAGCCAGGCAUUUUGGACUUGGUUGAACGAUUCGACACUAUCACUCGCCAAUGUCACACAGUUCGACCUCUCACGUUUCCGGCGAGUGCGACGUGCGCAUGCACUCUGAAGGACCGCAAUCUGGUAAAGAAAUAUCUCAGGCCACUGGCAACGUCAAGCUCACAGACCCAGGCUCCGCCAUUUGGCAUGUUCAGCUCACAAAGCACACUGCAGGAGGCUACUUCCAACGCAAAUCAUUCGAUUGCUUCCGAGUCUCCAACACAUGACAGCACAUACGUGACUGCAUCGCUCACUGGACAACGGAAUACGAAUAAUCAAAUCAAUAUCAACGACUACUCACGGUGGAGCACAACAAGUACCCUGACCACUGCUGUCGCAUGUGUGUCCAAUAAUAAUUUCAUCGGGCCUAGCGUAAGUACUACGUCACCCACCAGCAUUAGUCAAGUCGUGCUACCUCCCGCCAAGCGCAUGGCACAAGAUGAGGAUUUUUCCGACUACAGCAGUUCUGAACAGAACACGCUUAUUGAGGAGGACGAUGUGGUUUGCUUCACUGAUUCCGGUGUUGAGUGCGAUGGUGUACACAAUAGAACUGGCCCAACAACAAUAACAAAGUCUCAUCAAUGCAGAAACAAAACUACUCGACGAACGCGGUCCUCUCUUUUUCCCUCUGCAAAACGAGGCACCGGUACAGCAGGAGGUCGUCGAGGAGGUAUAGUGGAUUAAAAUAAUCGGCCUCUCUGUUGAUGCCCAAUCCUGGUGCUUGUAAACAUUGUCCAUGCGAAUUUUGGAGUCUCCCUUGAACAUUAUACUCCACAUGUCCUUCUUAGCCAACCAUGGUGUCCACAGAUCAUUCAUAAAUUGGCCACAGGUGCAUACCUCUGAAACGAUCGGUCCUUGCACUAUGUAAUGAGCUGGUGUAUCCUCAUCUCUAAUUAAUAAUUUAACGGAAGAAGCAUUUACAACUUGUCAGCCUCUGAAUUCAAUUUUAUUGCUUAAGUAGUUAUCUUUCAUUUUUACACUUCUGUAUUAUCAUUUGAGACCGUUUUGAUUUACUUGUCCAACCUAGCAUCGAAACAGGAAUUCGGUCUCCGAUCUGUAAUUUACAUCCCUUUACCAAUAAUUUUUGCCUGCUUUCAGUGAUUUGCAACGCCCAUAUCGCCACCUUCAUGUAAAGGGAUCUUAUCCAAGCCACUCCCCUCCCAAAUAUUUCAAUGUACUACCAAUGGAGAUGUGAGUUCACGAAGCGAGGCUGAUUUUGGCGCGUGUGCGACUAAACAUUUGUUUUCAUUUUACUUACUAGAUUUUUCAAUUUGGCUGAUGUGGUGAUCGAAGGAGGAUAUAUUCUCUCACGUAUAAAUAUAAUGAGAAGCAUCAGUUCUUC